ACACACAAGACACGGGCGAUGUAUACAGGUAUUGCAAUCUGGCGAGAAGCUUGAGUUGCCUCCAAGAGCUAACGAAAGGAACAAAGUUGAUACUGUUUUAUGCAAGAUGCUGAACGAUAAGGCUGUCUCUAAUGAAAAAAGCCAAGUUAUUAUAGAAGAAUUUGAAAAGUUGAAAGCUGAAGAACCUACUGCUGUUGCUGACUGGACAAAUACUGAAAUAUCUUUCUUCCGUGAGAGUUUGACUAUUGACCUUCCUGCUGCUACAGAUGCUCCGAACUUAUUUAAUGAAAAUGUCCCACCGAGUGUCUUAUGCAAUAUCAGCAAAGAUCAGAAUUCAUUAGAAAAUUAUGUUGCUUCAAUAGCGCAUGUGCGCUCGUGGGAAUAUAGUGGCAGCACAGUGAAGAAGGAAUUCGGAUCAUCUUUGAGAAGGAUAUACUGUACCAGAUCCGAUGGGACCUUCAUAUUUUACUUUAGAUAUAGGAAUUAUCAAGUUGGCCUUAUCAUUGAUGGCCAAAGAUUUUGGGUGGAGGGUGCAAUCACAUGCACAUUUGAUGGUGAGGAUGUAGUAACAGUGCAGAUCUUGCAGUUUGCAAGAGCCAAGGAUGAGCCAGAUUACAUUUUGAGUGAUAGAAAACAUGACCUUCCAUUUACAGGAAGUUAUCUGAAUGCUCGACUCAUUACGGACAUUAAAAUGAGCAUAUGGGAACUUAGAAGAUCUACAAGAUCAAUUGCGUUAUACAAGCCUGACCAAUCAAAUGCCACUAAACUUGCUGCCAACUUCCAAGUAUUGAUUCUGUAUGCUGUUGAAGCUGCUCGUUUUGAUCCGGUUUUCUGGUUUGGCCAGGCUUCAUUGCGAUCCUAUGUUCCAAGAAGAACACUGAAAAUGGGCUCAUGGAUUCUAUCUCUUGUAAACAAGAACAAAAGGUUGUCCGGCCAUGCUCUGAUUGCCAUCAAAAUGAAGAAGGCCUUCAAAAUUGUCAGAGGGUCAUUCCCUCGAAAUCUGUAUCAGCUCUGUUCGUCUUUGAGAAUAUUGCACAGAGAAGUUGUGAAGGAAACAAGAUUUGUUUUGUGGAAUGCUCCAAAGGAGAGAGAACAGGGUGUAAUCUACCAGAACUAUAGCCCAAUGCACAGGGGUGACCAAGUUUAUCAGAGUGAAGUUUGGCUCACUGAGCUUUGGAAUGGAAAUAUGUGGGUUAACUUGUCACAGUUUGGAUGUGCACCUGACGAUGCUAUGAGGCAAGACCCUUGGAAGAACCAGAAUGACAACGUAUAUGAAGGAAUUGAUUAGAGGAACAAAUCGCGGACGGAGCUCCCUUCAACACCAAAGGAUGCGAACACUGUUAAGAUAGUCGACAGAAAUCCAUACUCUUCUAUUUUUAGUUGCAUGCUGGACGACAUUGCAGACCGAUUUUUGUAGCCACUCUUGUAUAGAUAACGGCUAACCCAUACUGUAAUCACGGCUCGUACUUGUCUCACGCUUGGUCUUUUGUUCUGGUAAUCUGGUAUGGAUACAGAGCGGGAAAAAUCUCUUAUCUAAGCUUUUCUUAUGUGUAGAUUGAAUUUGAACCAUGGUAGAUGCUUAUCAAGUUGUCAAAUGCACACUAAUUUUAGA